AUAGAACGAGCCAGAAUAUAGCACAUCGUUGGAAAACAAAACCAGAACUAAAUUUCUCAACUAUUCAACUAUCCUGGAAUCUGAAGAAAAAGAAUGGAAAAUUCAAGCCUUACGGGACAAACAAAUGUGUUUCAGUUAACAGAUGAGGAGAUGAAGAAAAUUUCUGAAAUAUUAUCAAACUCCAUGUUUUUCACUAUGACAUGCAGCAGCAAGACAGAGGCUCAAAUGUGUUCAAUUCUUCUUCUAGAAUUCUUGUACUUUUCAAGAUAUAAACAGACAGUGCAAAGAUUUUUUGGAGGAAGCGCUGCAGAAGGAACCAAUAUUAAAACAAGCGAUAUUGACAAAAUGAUAGUGGGACCUAACAUAUAUGUCUGCUCCGAUCCAGGAGAAGGAAAGAUGGUUCGAGGUCAUGUAUUUUUAGUUGACUCAAGUGACUGCUCUCAAGGGCAUGUUAAACUUGUUCUUUUAAAAACAGAUAAAACAAUACCAACGAUUUUUGAUGACCAUGGCAAAACUCUAAAUGACAUGCUCGAACAGAAACAAGAUGGAAAAUUCCUGCUCUCUAACGAAAAAGUCGUAAGUUUUUGGAUAAACUUUCUUCAGAAGAGAGAAACCUCAACAGGGCCUCCAAGAACAUCUCGCCAUGGGCCAUGUGCAACUGCAAAGAACACAGAUCCACAGGGCUAUGUAAAACGUAAAAUAGGAGACGUUAUAGAACAAGACUUUGCACAUGGUAUCCCAUAUUGCAGCCAAACCUCAGAAGGAAAAGAUUGGUUAAGGGAUAGAGAAAACUUUAAAUGGCCAUCAAAGAAAGUGGUAGCGAAAAUAAAAUCACUAAGCUGCCAUGCUGUUGCUGUUGGAGAUAAAAUGUCCAAGCAUUCAGAUGUAGAAUGGAGGAUUUCUUAUCUUUUGUGGGAGCGAGAACUUGUAUGGAGUUUUAACGACAUACAACUGCAAGGUUAUGUUUUAUUAAAAGUAUUACUGAAUAAAUAUAUAGACCCAGUGGCUCCGGAAGAAUUAAGCUCAUACCAUAUGAAAACAAUUGUAUUUUGGGAAUCAGAAAAUACUAUUGACAACUGUUGGCACCCAAAAUACCUUCUUCAAUUUGUACGAAACUGUUUGCUUCGCCUAAAAUGCUGUAUUUUGAGCUGUACUCUCAAACAUUUUAUAGACCGUGGAAAAAAUCUCCUUUUGUGGAGAUUGCAAGAUCCGGAAGUAAAGGAUGCAAUUCGUAAUGUUAUUGAAGAGAUCAUUCAAAAUAUAAUAACGUACUUGAUGCAGUGUGUUGAAGGCAUUGAUUUGAACGCAACCUGGGUAGAGAGCGAUGGAAAUGUGGAGGAAUUUCUUCGUAAGUGUAGACUGGACCACGAUCCACGGAUAACGUAUGACUUCCGUGAGUCUAGAGAACCAUUAAGAUUAUUUCAUUUUGGCCGAUCAUCCUCGCUAAAUGUUAACGUUGAAACAGUACCAGCCGAUUUUAGUACACUUGCACGGUACAUUGAAUCGUUUGAGGAAAAUGACAGAUAUAUAACAGAUGUUCAUGCUAGCAUUAAGAAUCCUGUGAAAAAAAUUAUUCACAUUAGAUCUGCCAUAAUUUUGGCUAAACAAAUGCUAUUUGCUAAACAAUUUUCAAAUGAAAAGUUUCAAAAGCUUAUAAACUUUAUGAAUGAAAACUCUGACCUUGAUGCUAUCUCUGGAAAAUUGUACGUAGCAACAUGUUUUGUUGCUUUCAAAAAACCUGACAAAGCUUUUGAAGUUAUGAAAAAGAUUUAUGCAGCCUCUGAAAAAUAUGAUACACUGAUAUAUGCAGGUUUGUGUUCAGAUUGCAAAUCAAUGCGUGUUUCUGGUGAAACACUUAUACAAGAGAGAGGACUUCCUCGAUGCUCGCUUUCGAAAACUAGAAACCUUUCGAUCUUUCAUGAUGUUAUAUUUGCAAAUGGAGAUUUGCCGAUUCUGCCUGAUGCAUUGAAAUUUGAAUGCUUCGUCGACAGAGUUUUUCUUGUUCAUCCGUCGGUGUAUCUGUUUUAUCUUAAAGUUCUGUGUAGCAAAUCAACAGAGAAAAAGAACAAUAUAAGUCUAUUGGAAAGGGCAGUGCAUGAGUGUGAUGCUACUUUACACACAUAUAGGCAUUUUAACAUUUUAGGGUAUUGUUAUUUUGAACAUGGAGACUACGAGGAGGCUUUUAAUUGUUAUAGAAUAUCUUUUUCGCGAACUGUCGAUAAUGGUAGACCAAAUGCUGCAAUUUAUUUGUUACCCAUUCUGGUAUACAAUAUCCUCCAAAAGCAAAGGUUUGAUUCUGAUAGUGAAAUUAUUUAUCAAAGAUAAAAUGUUUAAAGAGUUUUCUUUGAAAAAAUGAUUUUUUUUUCUUUACGAAUUAUAAAUGGUAAAGCAUUAAGAUACUGUCAGUUGAAUACACUGGGGUUGAGAAAUCUUCGCUUCACAACUUAUGAGAUUGUUCAAUUGAUGCAAUGAUAUCACCCAUUUUACUGUAUGGGUCUGAAGUAUGGGGUUAUGAAAUAAUUAUAUAAUUGAAA